AUGGCGGCUGUAGUUCGCCUGCACGAGCAGGUGAUCGCGUCGCUCCGAUCCGCCAUUUCGAAGCAACCUCACCCGCGAUUUAGGGACGUCGCAGUCCAGCAGCGCGGCGAAAAAAGCGACGUCGCCAAGUCCGAGGCGCGAGCUCUUUUGCCGCUGAUUCCUGGAGGACUCACUGUCGUCGGGGUUGCGGUGAGAGGGGAGUUUACCCUGGAAAAUCAGGCGCUUAUAAGAGAGCCGAUUGCCGAAUUUAGGCGGAUCUUCCACGACGUUGCAUUGGCACGCCGGCCGUUCAUUGUGACGUGGACGAGUGACGCAUUAGCGUCAGGUGAAAUUCCUCCGAGGAUAUCCAUAUUGGCGGGAAUUGAGUUGAGAAGAGGUGACGUGGCAGUUGAUGAUUGGUGGGGUCAGGAUAUCACAGAAAACACGUGGAAAUGUGAGGAACGGGAACAGAUCGAGGGAGACGAAGAGGACGGCGGCGAGGAGGGAACGAGAGACGACAAGCAAACAGGAGAGUGUGAAGCUGACGUGGCAUGGGAGAUUAAAGCGGAGGAGGAGAGUGAGAAUGCUGACGUGGAGGUAGAAGUGGUGGAGGGUGAAGGGGGAAAGCGAGAUGGUGCUACUGGUGGUGCGAGUGGUGCUGCUGGCGAGAAUAAUCGGCUGGAGGAGGAGUUUUGGGCGGCGCACUGCCCGCUGGUGUGUGACGUGGCAGCCGCCCUGCCACUGUACACCCACGACAAGCAGUCCCUAUCGUCGUCAAUAUCCGCAUCCCUCUCUGCCAUUCAAGCUGACGUCAUCAGCCCUCACGCCCUCUGGUUGCUGCACCCACCACAACCGCCUUCCGCUGCCACGUCAGCAGCUGCCAGCUCAGCGUCAGCCACCAGCGCUGCUGCAGGAGCUGCGCGUCCGAUCCUGAUUGGCUCUCUUCCGAACGGAAGAGCCUCAGCAGCCAAUGGCAGCGUGACACGUGGCAAAGAUAGUGGGGGGACUGCGGAGGAGAUGGUGUGUGCUCCCACUCUCCUUCUCUGCCCCCUCCUGCCUGCUCACUUCCUGCCCUCCUCUCCUCCCAACCCUCCCAACGACUCUCCCGCUUUCCUCUUCCCUUCGUUCUUGCUCUGCCUUGGUCUCGUAAUCUGUGUACUCGCCCAUUCCUUACAGCUGGCGUCAGCCACACGUGUCUCUCUGCUGCUCAACCAAUCGCCACCCGCCACGUCAGCAUCCGCAGGGCAGAACAGUGCACCUAUUGGCCUUAGCUACACCCCGGCCGCCCCCAGCAUCCACCUGCACCAGAUAAGCCUGUCCCUGAGCACCCUCGUCUUCGCUCCUCAGCACCUAUCUCCCCGGGCGGCGGUGCGUCGUCUCGUAGUGCCGGGGCUGUUGCGGCAAGUCAAAGCGAUCGAGUGGAUGGUGGGCGGCAGGGGAGAAGAAAGACAGAAGGGUGAAGGGGGAAAGGGAGGCGAGGAGGGGGGGAAGAGGGAGAAGCGGGCAGGAGCAAGAAGUGCUGAUGGGAGAGGAGCAGCAGAGGAUGCAGCUUCAGCCGUUUCUUUCCAGCUAGGACUCAAAUUCGGAGCAUACCACUUGCUGCUGCCGUCCUUCCCACACCCUCUCACUGUCAUCUACCCUCUCACGUACGGAGAGGGGCAGCAGAGCUUGGUGGACAUGCGCUUGACCCUGCACCACCGCCUGGGCCUGCCUCUCGACCGCCCCAUGCUGCGCAUUGCCUCGUCUCUCUCCUUCUCUGCCCCCACUGCUGCACCCGACGCUAACCAAGCAUCCUCCAAAGGUCUGCGACUAUGGGAUGUGCACGUGGGCCUUCCUCGCCUGCCCCAUUCUGCAGGUUCAAAGCAGUACCUGGUGCAGGGCUCAUAUGAAUAUUACCACUACAUGCAAGACAGGAUCGAUGACAGCGGCUGGGGCUGUGCCUAUCGCUCACUGCAGACCAUCGUGUCAUGGUUCCGCAUUCAGCAGUACACCUCAGUACCGGUGCCAACCCACAGGCGCAUCCAGGAGGCACUAGUGGAAAUAGGCGACAAAGAGGCAGCAUUUGUGGGGUCCAGCCAGUGGAUCGGCGCCAUUGAGCUCAGCUUCAUUCUGGACCUCCUGCUGGGGGUCACAUGUAAAGUCCUCACAGUCUCAUCAGGAGCAGACAUGCCCUCAAAAGGCCGCCAACUAGCCCACCAUUUUUCCACCCAAGGCACCCCGGUAAUGAUCGGAGGCGGGGUUCUCGCGUACACUCUAUUAGGUGUAGACUACGACGAGGCGACGGGGGAGUGUGCGUUUCUUAUUCUAGAUCCUCAUUAUACUGGAGGGGAGGAUUUGAAGGCGAUAAGGAGUGGCGGGUGGGUUGCUUGGCGGAAGGCCAAGACAGACGGCGGGGCGGAUUUUUUCGUCCGCGAUGCGUUUUACAACCUGUUGCUGCCACAACGGCCGGCUACUGUUUGA